GUCUCGACCAGAUCACCACAGUCCACCAUCGGCCUGACUUUGAUUAAUCAUUCUGUUUUAUUGUGAGGAUAAAGUACAACAGGGGCAGCCAUGUCUCAUGUAUGGGGAUACGGUGCAACUAAUGGACCUGACAUAUGGGGAAAAGAUUUUCCUGUGGCCAACGGGCCCAGACAGUCUCCUAUCAACAUUUUACCCAUAGAGGCCCAAUAUGACUCCUCUUUGAGGGCUCUGAAACUCAUCUACGACCCCUUCAACGCCAAGGGUAUUCUCAACAACGGUCACUCCUUCCAGGUGGAUUUUGUGGAUGACUUGGACAGCUCAACCUUGACUGGAGGCCCCAUUUCUGGAACGUACCGUCUGAGACAGUUUCAUUUUCACUGGGGAGCCAGUGAUGACAAAGGCUCUGAACACACUGUCAAUGGCCUCAACUUUCCCUGUGAGCUUCAUCUGGUGCACUGGAACACAAAGUACCCAAGUUUCGGAGAGGCAGCCAGCCAGCCUGAUGGACUUGCUGUAGUUGGAGUCUUUCUCAAGAUUGGUGCUGCCAACCCCAGACUUCAAAAGGUUUUGGAUGCUUUGGAUGUCAUUAAGACAAAGGGAAAGCAGACUGCUUUUGCUAACUUUGACACAAAGACUCUUCUACCAGUUUCUCUGGAUUAUUGGACCUACGAUGGCUCUCUGACCACACCCCCCCUGUUGGAGAGUGUCACCUGGAUCGUCCUCAGGGAGCCAAUCAGUGUCAGCUCUGCACAAAUGGCCAAGUUCCGCAGCAUUCUCUUCACUGCGGAAGGGGAAGCUCCAUUCUGCAUGGAGGACAAUUAUAGACCCCCUCAGCCUCUGAAGGGCCGUCUGGUCCGCGCUUCCUUCAAAUAAGCCCAGCUUCAUCAACACAGUUCCCUUGCCCUUUUGCUUAUUGGUCAAUCCAUUUCUUAACCUUCUUGCUCCCAUUUUAUUGUUUUCCACAUGCAGUCUUUAUUCAACUCUUAGUAGUCUUUCAGUAUCAACUUGAAAAGUGGAGGAACAAUCUACCUACAUAAACUUAAACAACAGACAUUACAUAGAUGUAAAUACUGUUUAUAAAAUUUAAUUAAAUGUGACAAUAUAGACAACACAAAAAAUGUCCAACAUUUAAAAAUUACAUUUACAUUUUCCAGUCUAACAACAGUAGCAAGGGACUACCAACAAUGGGACAGGAAUUCUGACCCUUGAUCUCCUCCUGUUGUCAUGUUGUAAAUCUUAUAUUUUCUGGCCAGGCUCUAAGUAACAAUAUAUAGUGCCCAGGUAUUUGCGACAAGACACUGGCCCAUUCCCAUUUCAACCCUUGGCCCUCCCCCCUUCACGUGUAGGCAUAGGCUGUCCCAAUAUCUGUUGGGACCGAGAGUAGUUGCCGAAGGGUAAAGCUCUACAACCCUCCAAACGGAGAUUUUUCAGACCCUCACUUCCAACGGAGGGGUACCAGAAUGCAAUUUGUGAGAGACCCACAAAUGUAGUAUUUUCUCCAUUAAUAAGGAUAUAAAAAUUACGAUAAUGUUUGUAAUAUCUUAGUUUUAUAUCAUUUCAAUGAAUUAUGGUCACAACCUUAAAAAAAAGAUUGCGAUCGCGCUAGCGUUACCGUACUACUGUAGCAUGCCAGCGAUAUUUUUUGCAUGAUAAUCCCGUAUUUUCACAUCGACUACUGAUGACGUGUCAGGUUUUUGGGAGGACUACUGAUGAUGUAACGCCUUCUUGAAGGCCUGUCCCAAUUCGUAGGAGAAGAUUUCAACCACUUCCCCACUUCCCCUUCCCCUGACUCUGUUUAAAGGGGCAAGAUAACCCUAGAAAAAAAGGUUUAGGGGUUGGGCCAUGGGGUGAAAUGGGAUUGGGCCUUAAUCAAAAAGGCAAUAUAUAUAUAUAUAAAAUAUUAUUUUUAAUGUUCUAAACAUGCAGGAAUAUUUAUCAAAUAAUAAUAAUAAUGACAUCAACAAAUCCCCUCACCUUAAAACAUUAAUAAUAUGCUUUGCUUUGUUUGAAACUGAAAGCUUCAAUGAGUUAUCAAUUUGUUUGAGACGAAUUGAUAACAUACGCAAUGGCAGAAUUACAGAAAAGAUAUUAUUCAAGGUGGCUCUGCCAAUCAACUGAUACUUAUGCAAGUGUCAUAUACAACAGACCUGUAAUGGUGGAAAAAUAAUGAUAUUUAAUAUCCCACACUUAAUAUGAAUUCUGCAUGAUUCAUUGCUCAAUUAUACUUUUUUAGCAUUAUAUCAAUAUUAUUUCGAAUGUAAUGAAAAAAAUCAGAUCUUUAUUAGGCUAACUUAAAACUGCUAUAGUAAGUCACUUGACAGCUGUCACAAUACGAAUGGAAACAUUUGUGUUUUAAUCUGUAAUGGUAUUUUUGGUGAAGAAUGUAUCAAUUAAAACUCUUUAAAUUUACA